AUGCGCGCCGUGGUCUUCGAAGGCCACCCGUACAAAGUCCACGUGCGCACCCUCCCCAAGCCGACGAUCGUCCGGCAGACCGACGCGGUGGUGCGCCUCACGGCGGCGGCCAUCUGCGGUUCCGACCUGCACAACUACCACGGGGUCUUCGGCAGCCGCGAGGUGCCAUACGCGCUGGGCCAUGAGGGGAUGGGCAUCGUGGAGAAGGUCGGGGCGGAGGUGCAGUCCAUCCAGCCCGGGGAUCGCGUCGUCGUACAUCUAUCCCUCACCGUCCUGGGCCCAUCCUUCGACUCGAUCGACGACGCCGACCUGGUCCUGCUGAGCGACAUCUUCCCCACCGCGUGGACGGGCGUGACCUGGUCCGGCUUCGAGGCCGGCGACACGAUCGCCAUCUUCGGCGCCGGCCCCGUCGGCCUGCUCGCGGCCUACUCGGCGAUCCUUCGAGGCGCAUCGCGGGUCUACGCGGUGGACUGCGUGGCGGCGCAGAUCCGGGCCCGCGAGCCCGCCGGCGUGGCGCGCACGGUCGACUGCGUCGGGGAGGAGUGCGUCGAUGGCCACGGUCUGCCCGAUCAGUCGGAUGUGGUGCGCCAGGCGAUCCAGUGCACCCGCGUGGGCGGCGGGCUGGCGAUCGUCGGGGUGUACUUCGCGAUGCCGACGUCCCCGGGCGUGCCCCGCGGGGAGACGAUCUCGCCGACGGUGCCGUGCCCGCUGUCCGAGGUGUGGAAGAAGGGGCUGACCCUGCGCGCGGGGCCGGUGGACGCGAAGACCGCGGUGGCGCCGCUGCUGGAGCUGAUCCGGGCGGGCAAGGCGAGGCCCGGGUUCGUGUUCUCUUCCGUGGUGGAUAUCGAGCAUGCCCCGAAGGCGUAUCGUCAGCUCUCGAAGCGGUUGGAGACCAAGGUUUUGAUUCGGUUCGAGGGCGGGGCGAAGACGGGGGCCGAGGGAGGGGGCCGGGGUGGGAGUAGGCUGUAG